GGCAGUAACUUAGUCUCCUCCGGUUGCAGCCAAUUUGAUCACCGAUGGCGGAGCGGCAUCACCAGGCGCCGCCACCAGCGGCGAUGGAGGAGCGCAUCAAAGGCCUCCUCCCUCAGAAGGGUCCUUCGGCCUCUCAUGUACUGGCGGUGGUCACUCUCCUCCCCAUCGGCGGCAUCCUCCUCGCCCUCUCUGGCAUCAUCCUCACCGGCACCGUCAUCGGGUUCGCCGUCGUGACGCCGCUGUUCGUGAUCUUCAGCCCGGUGCUGGUACCGGCGGCGUUGGCGAUUGGACUGGCGGUGAUGGGUUUCCUUGCGUCGGGGGCGUCCGGACUAACGGCGCUGAUGUCGCUCUCGUGGGUGGUGAGCUACGUCAAGGGUCGCCGAGGGCCGAAGCGCAGGCCUCCGAGGGGUUCAGCUGCCUGUUAAGUGGAUUUGGGAUCCAAGUCUUCCAGAUAGACCUUGUCUUCCAUGUACAAGUAAAAAAUUUCUAGCUUUGUAUUAUAAAUUAAUGCCGUGGUUUUUGUCAUCUAUGUACAAGUUAAAAAUUUCUAGCUUUGUAUUAUAAAUUAAUGCCGUGGUUUUAAUUUGCUA